AUGAGCCAAACAGAUUUGCAUAAACAUUUAAUCCAUUGUACAUUAACUAUAAAUUCCACCACCUUAUACACAUACGAAAACUCCAAUCUAGUACAUCUUGUAAACAGCAGUAAUGUCAAUUGCUCUGAAAUAGUUUCACAGGAGUUGGGUUUAAUCAAUGCGUCUAAAACAUUAAUUGGAUCAAUACCAAUUUCUUCAAGCAAUAGUAUAAAGCUCUCAAUGUAUUUCAUGAAAAAAUUGCUAGCAAACCAAGAUGGGAGCCGUGACUUGAUAACUGUUGUCGCUAUUGUCCAUGUUCAUGCCAACAAAACAUUGGUGUUGAAUAUCUUAAAGAAUAUAAUGGAUAAAUAUAUCGAAUAUAAACGAGAAUUAGAAUCCAACAAACCAGUUUCAGGACAACCGUCUAAAACGAAAUUGGGAGAAUUCAAAUUGUACAUGAACCAAAUAAUAAAAUAUGAAGAAAUGAACUAUGAUUCUAACGAACAUGUAUACAAUUAUGGCUCUACCAAUGAAAAUAAUGAAGAAGGGCAUCCUGCAGAUCAAAUCAAUCCAAACCAAUUGUUAUUGGCUAACGAAGAAGUUGACGAAGUGAGACUGUUGAUGUUGGAAAAUAUAAAUAAACUAUUGAGCAGAGGUGAUAAAAUCAACUCGUUAGUUGAUCAAACUGAUAGAUUGAAUACGUCAUCUCUGGUGUUCCAAAAAAGAGCUCAGCAGAUAAAGAGGAAAAUGUGGUUUAUGAAAACAAAGUUUCUAUUAUCUAUUAGUGGUGGUGUAUUGUUGAUUUUGUAUUUGUUUAUUGGGUCGGAAUGUGGGUUCCCAGCAUUUUCUCAUUGCAUUAGAAAUUGA